AUGGUUUCCCUGGCUACUCCACGCCAGAUUACUGACGAUAGCGAGCUUGCAAUGGCGCUGGCUAUGGGCUUGUCACAACACGAACCCAGUGCGGGCUAUCCCGCGGAGGCCGUGGCGAAACAGUACGGCGCUUGGCUGGCUAGCCACCCCUUUGACGUGGGCAAUACCUGCUGCACGGCGUUCUCCGCAGCGACCCACCACGAUGACAAGGCGGGUCCCCUGGCGUCCGUAAUGCGUAAACAGGCGCAGUUUAGCCGUGACUCCAAGUCCAACGGAGCUCUCAUGCGCAUUACACCGCUGGCGGUAUGGGGUUGUCGACUAAGUGACGAUGCACUCGCAGCGGCUGCCAUGGAGGACGCUAAGCUGUCGCACCCCAAUGAUGUCACGCUCCACGCCAAUGCCAUUUACUGCGUUGCGAUCAAGCAUUUGAUCGCUCACCCGGGAGACGCGGAGGGCGCCUUGGAAGUGGCGGCCAAGUGGGCGCGUGCGUGUGCGUGUGCGGAGGUGGCCGGGUGGCUCCGGGAGGCGAUGGGUAGUGCUGCUGGGCCGGCAGCGAACCGGUUGAUUGGGUUUGUGCGGUACGGCUUCUUCUACGCCUUCCGACAUCUCAAGCUGCGGACCCCGUACCUGGAUGCAAUUCGGGAGGUGCUGUUGCUCAAGGGUGACACCGACACCAACGCGGCUAUUGUGGGCGGCUUGGUAGGUGCGCUCCAUGGCGCUUCCGGCAUUCCGGCGCACAUGGCGGCGGCCUUACUGAGUCGACUGGGCCAGGCGGACUCGAAGGGUCCCAAGCGACCCGACUGGUUACAGCCAGGGCGGAUGCCGAGCCUAUUUGCGGAGCUGUACAGCAAGGCCACCGGCGAUACGGUGGACCCGAGUGCAUUGCCGGGUGUGAUGGCGGCGUCGGCGGCGGGCGCGGCCGCCCGUGCGCCGUGCUAA